AUGGCAAGCGAGAACGGAGAGUCAAAACUCUUCGAGCAGUGUUCCAUCUGCAUAGUAUGCUCCAAAGAUCUCCUAUCAGAUUACGCAGAGCAGCUUGCAACAACCCUCGAGCAAAAUGGCGGCGAGCCGUCCAUCGUUCAACCCGGUGCUGAAGUCCCCGAUGUGGCCAAAUUCAGCCAUCUAAUCUCGACGACGAUUGACUUCGAAGCCUACGACACCGCUUCCGAUGCGCUGAUUCCCGUGGUCAAGCCACAAUGGGUGAAUAUCUCAUUGAGCAAGAGAAAACUGGCAAAUCCUCGCCAAUACAGUCCUGACCCGCGUUUGUUCAUGAAUGAUGUCGUGGUUACAUGUGGUGAUAUUCCCGAGGGAGACAAGGAUGCCAUCAUAGGUGGUGUGGUUGCGAAGGGUGGAUUGUAUGCUCCAAGAGUUUCUCAAAUGGUCACUCACCUGGUUGAUCUCACGGCCGAUUCCGAUAAGGCGCGCAUCGUCAAGGCGAAGCGAUUAAAUGUGAAGAUUGUACUACCGCACUGGUUUGACGACUGUCUUAAACUUGGUCGAAGAAUCGACGAACGUCCAUACACACUUCCAGACCCGGAGAUAUUGCGUGUCGGUCCUGAUACACCAAUCCAAUGGCAUGAGAAUAAAGAUUUGGUCGGCGCGUCGACAACGGAUCCUUCUAGGCUCCCUCCGCCAUCCAGUCCGGCGCAUGUAUCAGGCCAUCGCAGCAUCUUCGAGGGCAAGACUAUCAUGCUAUCUCCGGAUCUUGAGAUUGGCCCGCAUCUGCAGGAAUCUAUUCAGGCUGUUCUUGCACAAGGCGGGGCCAAAAUGACAGCAAAUGUCGACGAUGCAGACAUGUUGAUCUGCCGUUAUCGGGAAGGCUUUGCAUAUCGUACGGCCUCACGACUGAACAUAGACGUUGGAAAUCUCGCAUGGCUCUACCGUCUUAUGACCUUCAACACAUACACCUCGCCCCUCAGACGACUACUGCACUACCCGGUUUCUCGCACCCCUAUUCCCGGCUUUGAAGGGUUCAAAAUCAGUUUGUCGAACUAUGUUGGCGAGGCUCGAAUCUACUUGGAGAACUUGAUCGCAGCGUCGGGUGCAGAAUGCACCAAAACCUUGAAGCAAGAAAACACCCAUUUAAUUACGGCUCAUGGGACAAGCGAAAAAUGCAGUGCCGCCAAGGAAUGGGGUCUAGAAGUCGUCAACCACCUGUGGCUGGAGGACGGUUAUGCGAAAUGGAAGCUGCAGCCAGCUUCCAAUCCACGAUACAGUCAUUUCCCUCUGCGAACAAACCUUGGCGAAGUCGCAGGCCAGACCCCACUAGACCGCGCCGUUUUGGAACAAGUCUUUUUCCCAUCUACAGGGACUGCAGCUCCAAGCCCCCCGCGCGCAAUGCAGAGCAAGCCGCAGAACACGAACACGGCUUCUGCGCAGCCGCCCGCCGAGAAGAAACGGAAGAUCGACGAAGACGUCUCAGACGCCGCUCACGGUACGCCACAAGCCAAUGGGAAGCGUCGGCCUGUUCAGACUCCGGCACGAGCUUGUGUCAUGUCCGAGGGCAAGGAGAACGAGACUCCGUCAUCGACCAGUAGUCGCAAGUCAAAGGAAGCAGCAACCGCCCGACUUCAUGAAUAUGCACCUGACCUUGCGUUGUAUGAAAAGGAAAGGAAGCGUGUGGGUGGUGUUAUCUACGGCGGUAGACGCAAGUCAGAUGAGGAUCGAGUGCAGGAGAAUAAGAAGGAGAAUAAGAAGCGUCUCUCAGUCGAGGCCGAAGUGGAGAGUGACGUUGAACAGGCAGCGGAAACAAAGCGACAGAAGAAGUCUCGUCCGCCAAUUGCCAUGCAUCUACUGAUUACUGGGUAUCAGAGGUGGGUUGGUAAAGGCAAUGAGAAGAAAGAAGAUGCAGACAAGAGAGGCCUUCGAGACCUCGGUAUCAUGGUGGUCCAAGACGCCCGGCGAUGCACUCACCUAGCUGCGCCAUCUAUGAUACGUACUACGAAAUUCGUCAACGCACUUGCAUAUGCGCCAGUCAUCGUGAGCACAGAUUUUAUUACUAGCUGUUUAGAGAAGGGGGAACUGCUAGAUCCCGCCGAUUUCCCUCUGAAGGACAAAGAGGCCGAGAAGAAGUACAACUUCGAUUUGUCUUGUGUUACAGCGAAUGCGAAGAAGAACAAGAACCAGAUGUUGCGUGGCUAUCGCAUCUACUGCGUCGAGGAUAUCCGCGGUGGGUUUGAUGCAUUCAAGUCCAUCGUUGAGACAAACGGAGGAGAGUGCAUGCCGUUCCGUGGCCGUCUGACCAUCGCCAACCAUUCUCGACGCGAGGAAAGUGACGAGGAAGAAAGCGAGGUCGAAGACGAGAAUCCUGCUCGAAAGGAGCUAUUUCUUCUCAGCAGCGCCGGAGUCAAGCACAGCCGGAUUUGGCCUCGAUUCCGUCAGUUGGCGCUCGAUAUCAAGAAGACUCCCCGGAUUGUUCAUGUUGAUUGGCUUCUUGACAUGGCCAUGUCGCAGGAGACACGUUCCGCCAACAAGUACGAGUUGACCGAGGAUAUGAUUGGGAAUAAUAACGAGUAG